AUGUGCUUUCUGCCCAUGGAGACCUGUGUACCUGUUGCUAUUUCUCUAUGUGCAGUGGCGGACAAGUCGCCAGGUACGCGGAAAAGUCGCCAGGUACAGGGACAAGUCGCCAGGUACAGGGACAAGUCACCAGAUUCGCGAACAAGUUACCAGGUACGCGGACAAGUCGCCAGGUUCGCGGACAAGUCGCCAGGUACAGGGACAAGUCGCCAGAUUCGCGGACAAGUUGCCAGGUACGCGGACAAGUUGCCAGGUUCUCAGAUAAGUCCCCAGGUACAGGGACAAGUCUCCAGGUACACGGACAAGUCGCCAGAUUCGCGGACGAGUCGCCAGGUACGGGGGCAAGUCUCCAGGUACAAGAACAAGUCUCCAGGUACAAGGACAAGUCGCCAGGUGCGGGCACAAGUCUCUAGGUACACGGGCAAGUCGCCAGGUACAAGUCGCCAGAUUCUGUCCAAAUCGAAUGUUGACUGGACGCAGGCUGGGUGGUUUGGAGAAGGAUGGGGCGCCUGGGCGAAGGCUGGGGCACUCUGCAGACUGACUUGGAACCAGAGUCUCGGCGUGGAGAGCAUUUGGCCCCGGGAGGCCGGGGACUACCCAAAUUCUCAGUCUGUUUACGAAGCUAAGCACUUGGAUGGAGACCCUGAGGCAGAGGACGACUUCAAGGAGCACGUCCUCAGGGCUUCGUGUGACGGUCCCGCUGUUCCAGGACGUCGCUCCCGUCCAGCUGUGACCAGGGAACUGAAUGCUCCCGCACCCGGUGGUCCCGCGAACGGAACGACCACAGCUCCACCAGACACUGGGGUUCUGUUUGAAAUGUCAGGCAGCGCAGCAGCAGGUGGACAAGUGGCGAUUCCUGAGUUACUGAGCAGCCGCUGGGGGCCUCGUCCUCUUGCCAGGACAGUGAAGCGCCCCCGCCUGCUCCUGCUUCUGAGGGUAGGCGGACAAGUCGCCAGGUACGCGGAGAAGGCGCCAGGUACGCGGACAAGUUACCAGGUACGCGGACAAGUCGCCAGGUUCCCGGACAAGUCGCCAGGUACAGGGACAAGUCGCCAGAUUCGCGGACAAGUUGCCAGGUACGCGGACAAGUCGCCAGGUUCGCAGAUAAGUCCCCAGGUACAGGGACAAGUCUCCAGGUACACGGACGAGUCGCCAGAUUCGCGGACGAGUUGCCAGGUACGGGGGCAAGUCUCCAGGCACAAGAACAAGUCUCCAGGUACACGGGCAAGUCGCCAGGUACAAGUCCCCAGGUACUCGGACAAGGCUCCGGUGCGCCUCCGGGGCCUGUCCACACCAGCGUGGCUAGACAAAAAGAGAUCAAGAACUAGAGAGAGCACUUGGUCUAGCAGCCAAACUCUAUCUCUGGGUAGUGAAAGCACAGGCAGAUGGCAAUCUUAUAGUAGUCAUCAGGGUAAAGGAAGGUCACGGAGCGGAAGUGGAGAUCGUUAUCAUUUAGGAAAUGAUUAUGGAAGCAGGUACACGUGGGACAGGGAUGACUACGAAUCAUCUUACAGGAGAAGGGCUCUGUCUAGACCUCAUUCUUCCAGCCACUCUUCAAUUCCAGAAUCUGGAAUUCAGUCCUUUCCUGAAAGAAAAAUUUCCAGGGAGAAAACUAAUCCCAGCCAAAGACAAUAUUACUAUGAUGAAAGGCACAGAUCAGGGAGCCUGUCUAGUAACAGGUCAAUGACCUCAUCUACAAGGCCCUGGCAGGUGAGCAAUGAAACACCUGGAGGGAAACGAAAGUACAAAGCACGGCAUUUGGAAGGUACUGACGAAGUGGCUCCCGCAUCUCAUGAAUAUUCUUCUGCUGUAAAGAACAGUCGUUACCAAAAAUCUCACUCAGAAUUGGAUGAGAACUACAAACACGAGAGUGACAGCUUUUCGGACAACCUAUCAUCGGACGCAGAGACAGAACACAAGGGGAGAAAAAGGGCCCGGAGCCCCAGUGUAGAGAUCGUUUAUGAAGGGAAAGCUACUGAUACAACCGUACAUCACAAAAAGAGAAAGAAGAAACACCAUGGAGACAGUACUUCGCAGUCCCCUGUUGUCAUUAUCAUCGACAGUGAUAGUGACGAGGUUUCUGAAGUAAAAGAAGAUGCAGGAUAUCACAAUAAUGGGCCUCAAGACCCUCUAGGACAUGAGUUCUAGGCUCCUUCCUUGGAACCAUUGGAAACUGAAGAUGCAGUUACAAGAGAAGGUGAAUUUGGUGUCCUGGACAAAGAGUGUGAUAUUACUGCACUUACUAACUCUUUGAAUAAUGCCAGCAAAACUGUACCUAAUAGUCCACCCCCAGCACCUUCAGUGGAACUGACUCUUGAUGUAAGAAAGACAGCACACGUGCCUCUGAUUGGAGACCAGCCCGGUAACGUUGCAUCUAUCUGAACUCACUCAUCAAGGCAACUGCCAUCUCCACGGACAUCGUCAAUGUCAGUGUCUCUUAGCAGAGACCAAUAUGUCUUAAAACUGCCAAAGCAACUCAUUGAGAAUUCUGGCGGUAUAAAAAGGAAAAAAGGAACAAUGUCAUCUACUACAGUCUAUUUAAAGAUGACUUUUGAUGAAAACUCUUUUCCCGCUUAGAAUAUUUUAAGUGAUUUUUUUGUGUGUGUUAAUUUGUUAAAUUCAUUAUUUGUUCAAAAAGUAUUUAUGUCCCACCCUCAGAGAUACGCACUUUUAAAUGAAGAAAAUAAUAUUGCUAGCAGUUUAUUCAAAACUU